UGAUCCUUGCCUAAGCAAAACGAGUUUGAUUUUAAAACAUAAAUUAUCACCAAAAUGCCGCUAACUGGGGAUAGGUCAACAAAUAUAGACAAAACAGAAAAUUUUUCAAUAACUGGGAUUAAAGAACUUAAUAAUGGGAGUAAUAUCGCGGGAACGGGUUUUGUGAAUGGGUUGAGGAGUGAAAUUGACCCAAUGAAGCCCAAUGCUCCACCGUACACCAACGCUGGGUUAAGCCUUGUGGGUGAAUCUAGCGCUGGUUCACUGGGAUUAACAGGCGUGCAUGUACCGAAUCGCGCCAAUAUAGCGACAGCGUCUGCGAGUAUGCAUUUGGUAAACACGGAUACCCAUAAACUGACUGCUAACGCCUUUAGCACCACUGUUAUGCCAAAAGCUGGUCCUAAUUUCGCAACUCAUGGUGGCGGCGUCGACUAUACUUAUCAGAACACAGUAGGAGCCAACGCUUCAGUAUCCCAUACGCCGAUGUUCAAGCAAACUGACUAUUCAGUGGGUGGAAAUCUAAAUUUGCACCAAACACCGACUUCUUCCCUCGGGCUUAACGUUGGUGCGAACAGGACUGACAGUCCUUUCACAGGCAGAGGCAACUGGCAGCCAGGCGGUUCCAUUAUCUUCAAGAAGUCGUUCUAAAUUUUUACGCCUUUUAUUUUGAAGCCACGAUGCCACGACCUUUCCAUAACAGAAUCCAUGCGUCGACGCUACGUCGUAUGUCCUGGCUUCUAUGUAUACACACAAAUUACACAUGUAAUACGACGAUAAUACGAGGUAAUUAGUAUAUUUGCAAGAUUUUCUACUGUCCUAUCUAAAAUGUUAAGACUACUACUUUGUUUAUGAAACCAUCGUAUAAAUCCAUUGCUUAAGGAUAA